GAUACGGUUGCUAAGCACUGGAGGGUUUCCAACUGCAGCAGUUGGAGAGCUGGAUUUUAAAAUCCUCUCUUCUUUGCUUACGGUUUUAUAUUGGGGUUUUUUUUGUUAGCCAAAAAAAAAUACAUUAAAUAGGAUGACAUCUGUUUUACAGCCGCAAAAGGAGUCUGCAAGCGGCACCUACACAUUCGCCAGCCGUCCCAGAGCAGUGCAGAACCGGAGCAAGUAUAGGGAGCCGGCACCCGAGCAAAAUGAAGGCCAAGUUCAGUAUGGUAACAUCAUGUAUGACCGGCGAGUUGUCCGAGGGAAUACCUACGCACAGCAUGUACUGCCGGUUAUUUCUAAGACAGCCCAGCCUGACCCUGUAGAACUGCAGAGGCUACAGGAAGCUAGGAGGAGAACAACUGCCAGAAAAAGGGCAAAGGAACAGUUUCGACCCAGGACCCCUGAACCAGUGGAGGGCAGGAAGCACAUAGAUGUGCAAACAGAAUUAUAUCUGGAAGAACUAAGUGACAAAAUUGAAGAGUCCAGUGUGGAAUGUCAGACUGAUGCCUUCCUGGACAAACCAGCAACACCUCUUUUUAUCCCAGCUAAAACAGGAAAGGAUGUGGCAACACAAAUAGAGGAAGGAGAGCUGUUUGACUUUGAUAUUGAAGUGAAGCCUGUCCUGGAGGUGCUGGUGGGAAAGACAAUAGAGCAGGCCCUACUGGAGGUGAUGGAGGAGGAGGAGCUCGCCAACUUACGUGCACAACAGCGGGCCUUUGAAGAGCUGCGCAACGCCGAGCUGGUGGAGGUUCAGAGACUGGAAGAGCAGGAGAGAAGGCACCGUGAGGAAAAGGAGCGUAGAAUAAAGCAGCAGAGAGAGAUUCUCCGGCUGGAAAAGGAGACUGCAGAGAAGAUUGCAGCUCGAGCAUUUGCACAGCACUACCUGGCUGACCUACUUCCUUCUGUCUACACUUCACUACGGGACCACGGAUACUUUUAUGAUCCAGUUGAGCGAGAUGUAGAGACAGGGUUCCUGCCUUGGUUAAUGACUGAAGUCAAGAACACUUUGGAGAAACGUUCUCUUGGAAGAACAGUGCUUGACAUGCUCAUUCGUGAUGUGGUUGAGAAGAGGCUAGAUGCAUUCCAGCAGAUGGAGCUAAAGUCACCACGUUUAACCUGAGAAAAAACUUAAAUAUUACUACAGCUGGAAUAUAAUUUAUGGAGAGAAAUGAAUGAGCAAAGAAUACAAAUUUGAAAACUGAAAAUCACACCUGAUGUUUGAAGCAUAAUUAAAUGACUAUUAAAAAAUGGUGUAUCUACAAAGUUUCUAUAAAUUUUGCCAUUGUGGAAACAAUAGCAAAUGCAAAUUAGUAAAAAGAAGCAUUCUUCAAAAA